AUGGUAGAACUAGGACAGCGGGCUUCAACCCUGAGCCAGAACUCAGCUUCAAAGGGAGGAACCAACAGUCGGCCGACCAGUAAGGAUGGCAGCAAAAAGGAGCUUUGGUCUUCGAUGCUCCAAGCUGGAGCGAGUGGGAAACGGUUACCGGAGAAGACAUUAUUAGUCUUGGGCGGUACACCGGAGAGCCAGCGGGAGUUUCUAGCAACAUUAUCUACUGACCAUACCGAGGCCGGGCUACCCUCAGAGCGACGGAAGCAAAAGGCACCCCCGAUUGCGAAUCAGUUUGCACUUGGGUACACAUAUCAGAACGUCCUUGAUGCGGACCAGGAAGAUAUCCUCGCCAGAAUCUCAAUUUAUCUACUUUCAGAACCAUCAGUGUCCUAUGCGCCUCUCCUUCGUCCCUUGAUCAACCCCAAAACCGCCCCUGAGAUGCUGAUAGUUUUUCUCCUGGAUUGGGAAAACCCCUGGACAUGGGUCAGGCAAUUGCGAGAAUGGGUCCGGCUUUUGCGCUCAGUCUUGAUAUCCCUGGAUGAUGAAACAAAAGUGGUCAUGGAAGAGGUCAUGACUGACUGGAAAGAUCGUAGAAGAGGAUUGGACCCUUCACAUGUUGCCGGAUCUGGCCCCGUAUCAUCGAUACCGUUGGGGCCAGGCGAGUGGGAUGAAGGGCUGGGUAUUCCCACUUGUGUUGUUUGUCAAGGGGCAGAGAAGAUCGAACAGCUAGAAAAGGACCAUGGAUGGAGAGAAGAAGAGUUCGACUUCAUUCUACAGUUCAUGCGAACAAUACUUCUUAAGCAUGGAUCAUCUUUAAUAUACACCACACGUUUCUUGGCCAACUCACUACAAAGCUUGAUACAGUCCUCGCUGGGCAUUCAUUCUCUGCUCAAACGGCAAUCUCUUAAACACAAUGUCAUCGAUAGAGAUAAGAUAUUAGUGCCAUCAAACUGGGACUCAUGGGGAAAGAUACGGAUUAUCAGAGAAGGAUUCAAUAUUGAAGGUGUUGGGACGAGCUGGUCCAUCGAAAUCCAAGAACCCCCGGAAUCUUUUAAACCAUCUCGCCACGCAGACGAUGAAGAACGACAGGAGACAGAUGAGCUAGAAUCUGGAACCAGCGCUGUAACUAUCUACGAACAAACCAUCCAGGAUCCCAAAGGCGGCGCAUCCGUCUCUCGCGCUAGGCAGUCGGAAGGUAGCCAGAUCGAGAUAGUGACGGUCGAUUCCCAGGCUUUCCUAACGGAGCAAUUUGAAGUGCUGGAACAGCUCAAAGCAGAGGACGAGAAGCAAGAAAGACAAAUGCGCAAGGGAGGAGGUAUCAUCAAAGAUGCAGAGAUGAUGAUAGGAAUGGACGACAUGAACCGAGUAAACGAGCACAUUGGACCUGUCCAGUUUAAUAUGGGCGGUAUCCAAGUUGAUGCGGAUGACAUGCUAAGGAGAUUAAAAGAGAGAGAAGCUAGCCGUGCAGCUGGUGGAAGCGGCUCCGUGUCGCCCACGCCGCUUGGUGGACCGACAUCUCCGGGAAUACCGCCUCUCGGACAAGCUAGUGAUGGGAAGCUCGCCAAUCAAGGGCUAGCUACCUUUUUCGCAGAUCUAGUUAAGAAAUCUAGCGGCGGCAGCCCAAGGUCGAACGCCGCAUCUUAA